AUGUCUGAAGAAUGGUCUACCAAAUAAAUUGACAAAUACAUCAUAGUCAACACAAAACUAGGAAAUGGUGCCUUUGGUACUGUCUAUAGAGGUUUUAAGAAAAAUGAUGAAACGAAGCAAGUUGCUGUUAAAGCAAUUUCAAUAGCUAGUAUCAAGGAUUCUGCCAAGAUGGUGGAACAUAUCAAAAGAGAAAUUUCAAUCUUACAAUAAGCUAAUAAUCCGCACAUUGUUAAAUUAUAUGAUGUUGCUCGAACACCCCAUUAUUUAUACCUAUUCUUGGAGUACUGUCAUGAUGGAGACUUAAAAAAGUAUUUAUCAACAAAAUAUGGGAGAAGGCUCAGCGAAGUUGAAGCAGUAAUUUUUUUGAAGCAUCUAGUUGAAGGAUUUCGAACACUUUACCAACUGAAAAUUAUUCAUAGAGAUAUCAAACCAGCCAAUAUAUUAUUGCAUAAAGGAGUUGCUAAAAUUACCGAUUUUGGCUUUGCAAGAGUCAUUGACACUGGAAUGAACGAUCCCGCUUACUUUUCAAGAGUUGGAUCGCCUCUUUAUAUGGCCCCACAGAUACUUGAAGGUCAGCCAUUUUCAUCUAAAUGUGAUGUUUGGUCUAUGGGAAUUAUGUUGUUUGAGAUGUUGUAUGGCAAGCCGCCUUGGGAUGGAGAUAACUAAUAUAGUCUAUUGCAGAAUAUUAAGAAAACAGCUUUAGUUAUCCCAGAUGCUCCUGUUAGAAGUGAUAAAAUAAAGCAAUUGUUAAGACAUAUGCUUGUUGUAUAAGAAAAGGAUAGAUUCUCAUGGGAAUAAAUCUUUCAUCAUGAAAUCAUUCAGAUCUAAGAGGCAUAAAUUAAAAAUAACUUAGAAUAACUGAUGAAAGAAAAAGAUGAAUUGUCUCGUUCUGAAAGUCUAAACAAACUCUAUAUGGAAAUGAAUUUAGUUGUGGGAUAUCUUGAUUAACCUGAUUAGAUCGUUUAAGAACCUUCAACUCCUUAAUCCACUUAAAGCAAUGAAGAAAAACAAUCUAUUGAUGAUAUUAAUCAUGAAAAAGGAUUACAACUUAUUAACCAAUAUGACACUGAGCAAAAAAGACGCAAGGCUAUGUUAAAAUACAAUACGUAUUUUCUGUUUGAAAGAAACAUUGCAUUCUUCUUUAAUUAUGUCAUCCAAAAGAUUAUUAAGAUGUCACAUUUAGGAAUCUUGAAAUUGAAUUAAGAACUCUAUUAUACAACAAUAUUUUGCAUCUCCAAAAAUCAAAAUGUGCAUCUCAAAAGGAUGUCUGAUUAAUUAUUGUCCAAGAACCCAGAAAAGUUUGAUAGAGAAACUUGGGGUAGAUAUUUAAUCAGUUAAGAAUAUAAAAAGAUAUUGACUGUUACUAAAAAUGAUAUCAAACAUACAGAGGACUUUUAUUUAGAAAUUUACAAGAAAGAAAAAUAAAUUAUUGAAAAAGAAUUAGCACAACCAGACAACAAAAGAGCAUCAAAAAUUAAGUCAGUUUUAGAUGUUAAUUUUGAUUAAAAUGCUUCCUUUUAAUAAUUAUAUUAAUAAGUGGUGUAAGAAUGUUUAGAAAUUAUUAAAUCUAUUAUUAAGCAAACCAAAGAAACCGAUCCUGUUUACAAGGAUUUAUUGUAAUUAGGAUGGUUUUUAGUUAUUUGUUUAAAUCCAUAUUUAGAAUUCAAAGACAUAAACAUGGAUUUUAAUUAGUUCUAUGAAGAGAUGUAAACAUUAACAGAAGCUUAACUUCUUGAAAAAAUUGGUAAACGUUUAGAUUUAUGAAUCUUUUUGUAUCAGUGUAAUAUAAUAUAUCUGAUAACUAUGAAAUUUCAAA